CUUGCGACGGAGGCAGCGGGUCCGGGUCGGGGGACCUGAGAAGGAGCCGGGAGGUGAUCCGCAGCGCUGCGACGGGACCGCGCGAUUCCUCCCCCACGCAUCUGGCCCGCGCUCCUGGGCCGCGGCACCGGAUCCCGGCGGGGGUGUGGACCCAGGGCCCGCUCUCCCCGGCGCGGCCAGGGCCCCCCAGCGUGCUAGCGCCUAGGGGAUGCCGAGGUUUGGCGGGCGCGGGACCAAUAUGGGCAGGGCCGAGGCGGGAUUCUCCCUCUCGCUGUGCCUAGACCGUACUCCUGCUGCGGUUCCGGCAGAGAGCGCGGGGAGAGCAGCGGCGGGAGCUGCGGCGAGCACGCCGGCCCUGGGGUAGAUGCAACACAUGAGAGGGGAUCCAAGUUGCUUGGGUCGGCCCCGGCAGCGACCUGAACCCGCCGCCCUGCGGGAGGGGUGUGCGGAGCGCUGGGCUGUGCUCCGGCAACUUCACUCCUCCCGCCGCCACUGGGGAACGUAGUGGGGGAGACGCAGAAGGCUAGGCGAGGGGUUCUCAAUGCGUUCUUCCAAGAAAACUUUUUCUCCCUUGAACAUGAAGGAAUACGUGCUUACCGUAGAAAAUUGGGAAAACAUGGGAAAUUAUUGUGUAAAAAAUGGGGGGCGACGUGUGGGAGUCUCUCCCGGGGCGAGGGGACUGCGAUUUGCUGUGCUAGCCGGGGGCGAGCGGCGGGCGGUGCUGCCCUGGCGGCCCAGAGGGGCGGAGAGCCACGCGGCGCCAAGGGCUGAGAUUUGAGGAAGUGGGAGCUGCCCGGGCGGGGGCGUCCCGCUGAGAGUCUGCCACGCAGUGUUUGUUUCCUUUCACUUCCUGCGGCAGCUGCUCAAGAUGAGGAGGUGUGCGGGGACGGGGCGGAGCGGUCGCGUUCCCCGCGUGUGAGCCCCCACCCAUCCCUGGCGCCAGCGCUUCCCCGACCACUCGAGUUCGGCUAUGCGGAAGCCGUGAGAAGGAGGCUUGCAGUCGUGGACCUGAGACCUCGGGAGGUCAUGCUGUCUUGCUUUUAAGUGGCUUGGGGAAAGUGAAGAAACCCCAAAAUGGAGGACUUUGCUACCAGGACCUACGGCACCAGUGGCCUGGACAACAGACCUCUGUUUGGGGAGACGUCCGCCAAGGAUCGAAUCAUCAAUUUAGUUGUUGGCAGCUUAACAUCCUUAUUGAUUCUAGUAACGCUGAUAAGUGCUUUUGUUUUCCCUCAACUACCUCCAAAACCGUUGAAUAUAUUCUUUGCUGUCUGCAUCUCUUUGAGUAGUAUUACUGCCUGCAUACUUGUAAGUACUGUUGAGAAUUUAAACAGUGUUCUUGAGGGUUUAAGUUGCAAUGCACAGGACAAAAAUUUUCAGCCUUGGGUCUAUACAAAAGGGUAUCUCUUAAUUAUAUCCUCAUCCUCCCCCUAAAAGUAUGUUAGAAUUCUCAAUAAAAUCUGAGUCUUCUCCUUUUCUCCUAAAUCCCAAAGUUGUAACCCCAAAGAGAAAUUCCACUUCCUUGAUAGCUUAAAAAAAAAAAAAAAAAAUUAGUGGAAAGACGUAGGUGGCCAAAGAUUUUAAUUUACUUAAUUCAUCUUCACUCAAGGACUACGUAAGGGCCAACAGUCUUUGGGAAAUGCCAGUUACUGCUAAGGGAAGAGAUAGAGCACUCUGGAUUUAAUUCUAAUUAUUACAAAAUUAGUUUAAUCUACAUGUUUGUCUUCCACAAUGGAGGUAUUAACACCAAAACCUCCUGGGAAAUCUAAAGCUGCAGUUGUUGUAAAAAUGUUUGAUUUACUGCAAAUGUUUCUUUUAUGGUGAAGAAACAAAGAUGGUGGUGGCUCCUCAGUGUUCAUUCAUUAGUUGGCUACAUUGUUUCAUGUUCCUUUAGAGGCAGAAUCAAAAGAAAAAACAAUUAAUAGUAAUUUGCUUAUCUGAGUUAAAAUUAAACCAGGAGACAUCUCCAAGUGUUCUCAUUCACUGAUCCUGCUAUAUACUCCCAUGACCCGAAAAAGAACUAGCCCAUCCCACUUUGGGAGCUUUCCUGUUCCCCUAGUUUGAAGCCUAAAGUGACUAACAAACAAUGAACUAGUUUAAUCCAAAUAUAUUAAUUAUGGAAGCCCUAUUUUACAGUCUGAACCAACUGUAUGAAUCAUGAGUCUAAAUGUUGUCUUCCUUUCCUGUUAAGUAGUAUGCCCAGGUAUAUGUUCUUGGAUAGCUUGCCAGAUGACUGGUGGAGUAUACAGGUGUGAAUAUAGAGGAAAGUAAACUGAGAAAGUAGGAAUAAGUAUGAUCUUGGAUGUGGAAACUCAGAGUAAGAAUUAAAUUCUGGCUGUACUGGUCUCAGGAAUGUAGAGACCUCAGAAUAUGGAGAAUGUCUGUCUCAUUUAGGGGAAUAAACAAAUACUAAUGAAAUUUGAAAUUGGUAGAGAAAAUGUUAUAUUUUAAAUUUUAAUUUAUAAAUUUUAAUUCUUCUUUUAGAUCUACUGGUAUCGACAAGGAGACUUAGAACCAAAAUUUAGAAAGCUAAUUUACUAUAUCUUAUUUUCUAUCAUCAUGUUGUGUAUAUGUGCAAACCUGUACUUCCAUGAUGUGGGAAGGUGAGGCUGCCAAGGAGAAGUACUUACCAGGACUCUUCAUAAAUGAUACAUUAGGACAGUGAGUAAUUUUUGGAUAAGGUAUGCUGAAGAAUCUCCUGCAGAAGUCUGAUACAUGAUUUUCAUGUUAAUUGUAAAUGUUAAUUCCCUCUUGCAAGGGAGAUGUAUCCUAGAUCACUUUGCUUUUUCUUUAAGGAGCUGAUGUUGCACCUAAACAUUCCAACCCUUAAAGCUAAAACAGCACAAAAAAAUUUCACUUUUGAAAUGAAAUUUUUAUAAUUGUAUGGCAAAAGGCUAUGUAAAAACAAAUCUUGCAUUUUAAGACAAAUAUUCUUUUAUUUCUGUUAAACUGAAUAUACAAUUGUUCCCUAGGCAACCAACUUUUGCUUAUAACUACAAUUUAAUUUCACGUUGACAAAACAGUGAAAAGACAACUUUGUGAAGAUCUAAUUACAAUAAUAAAUAAAAUAAUUUAUACAAGG